AUGCCAUAUCUACUGUCUACAGAUGGAGCUUUAACUGUGCAAAAAGAUGUUAAAGGGGGAUUGACAGCACAGAAAGGUGGAGUUGUUCGUCGGAUGUUUGUCGUAAAUGAACCGUUUGCACCAGGAGCUCAACGAGUCAUAACUGCAGGUACUACUACACCAUCGGUGGUGAAGAAACAAGACCAACAACAAGUGCUCAGUAUUAACUGCGACAAAAAUUACCUACUUGUAGAUCAAUCAGAUCAGUCACAUUCUCUGACUAAUGGUAUCGUCGACACGAAGUCACAAACCAUUCUAACAACAGCUGGCGCUAAAACGCAUUUCAGUCCCAUCGGGCCGAUUCAUCUCACUGCAGAGGAAUGCAACGAGAUAUUAAUGAAACGAGCGCUUGCCGCAUCUCACCAGACUCACACGAUCACUACUCCAGACGGACAUGGGACGACAAGUGACAUUUUGCCGGGGAUUUCGGUACAAGUUCAGAAAGUUAUUCAAGGUUUAGAGGAAACUGAAGAUUCACAAGGGGAUGCACCCAACUUAAAGUUGGAGCCUGGUACAUUGGAGCUAUCUCCUAAAACUGAGUUGCAAGAUAAUAUGAACUAUAAUGAGAACGAUGCUACCGUUAAGAAAGAGCGUCCAUAUAGUUGCGAUGAAUGCGGCAAGUCGUUUCUCCUGAAACAUCAUUUAACAACACAUGCGCGGGUACAUACAGGCGAGCGGCCGCAUGUGUGUGUGCAUUGCAGCAAGAGCUUUGCUCAUAAGCAUUGCCUUAACACGCAUCUUCUUUUGCAUUCAACUGAUCGACCCUUUCAGUGCACCGAAUGCAAGAAAAGUUUUACUUUGAAACACCACCUGUUGACACACUCACGUGUUCAUAGUCGUGAUCGGCCAUUUAUUUGCCCCGAAUGUGGGCGCACGUUCCCCUUGAAGCGGCAUUUAGUAACACAUAGCAAAUUUCACGCUGGUGAACGACCAUACGUGUGUGAAGAAUGUGGAGAAAGUUUUGCUCAGGAGAAUCACUUAAUAAUGCAUUCACGUUUUCAUGGAUCUUUGAAUCCAUUCGUAUGUCCAGAUUGCGGCGCUACUUUUCCACGCAAAUUCCAGUUGGUGAACCAUGGUCGUAUACACGGAAAAGUGCCACACUCCUGCACCUUGUGUGGCAAAGAGUUUUUACAAAAGCGUACGUUGGUAUCUCACAUGAGGGUUCACACUGGCGACCAGCCAUAUCCAUGCAUUAGUUGCGGGGAAGGAUUUAUGUCGAAAGCCGAGCUAAAUCAGCACGUACGAAACACACACGGAGGCGUAAAUCCAAACUCUUCGAACACUGCGGUAAAUUCUACGCAGCCUCAACAUCAUACACAACAACAACAACAGCAGCAGUCGCAACAGCAGACGCAAGCGUCACAUCCACAAACUAUUACUGUUGUCAGUAAUUCAGCGAAUCCAGCAUUAUUAACCGUGGCCGGCAAUGAUAAUAAUCUCGCUCGUCCCCAAUAUGGGUGUCGUGAAUGUGGAAGUGCCUUUAAUAGUAGAGAAGCUUUAGCGCUUCACUUGCGAUUGCACACCGGUGAUAAGAGCCUUAUGACUGAUUUGUGCGCAUUAACUGCGGCCUUGCCUGGUCACUUCCUCAACACAGGCCUUAACCCAGGUACUGCCGGAGUUGUGGCCACCAACCCCAACAUUGUGGCACAAAAUGCUGUGCCUGUGCAGAUUAUUUCAUCAACAGGUCAAGUCAUGACCCAAACUACACUCGUGCAGGCAGCCGCAGCAACACAUCCACAGGGAGUUGUUACCAGUGUACCUGGAGUGAUGCACCACCAACAGCCACAACAGCAGCUGACAAACACAGCGCCACAACAGCAUCAUCCACAACAGCAGCAGGUAACGCCGCCAAAGCCAAAGUCGCACUUUUGCGCUAGUUGCGGUAAAGGCUUUGCAGCCAAGCAUGGCCUUAUGCAACACAAUCGGCGACAUCCCAAUGGUGGUUGUACUGUUCGCACACAUGUAUGUGAAUGUGGCAAAGCAUUCUUCCAGAAGAAUCAUCUGAUGCUACAUCAGCGACAGCAUUUGGAGACGAAACCGCCAUCUGCUGCCACGCAACAACAGCAGCAGCAACAACAACAACAACAGCAGCAGCAGCAACAACAACAACAACAACAACAACAACAACAGGUGCGUUGAUUGCAUUGCUAAAAAUAAACAAAAAUGCUACGCAGCGCUGCGUAUCAUGCAAAAAUCCGCAAAACAGCAAAAUAGCAAAGCAGCAAAAUACGCAAGCCGGCUUUGCAACGCUUCCAUUAUAGUUUUUUACACGAGUUCGGUAACGUUACGCUGAGAUACAUAACCAACGCAUAACAACAAGCCAGAAUCCUCUUAUCAAACAACCAUGAAAUAAAACAGCAAAUGCAAAUUACUAACAUAAUGAAACAGUUUUUCUUUUUUCCACUUAGGAUUUAACGCAGCAGCACAGUCGCUCGCGAAAACAACAACAACAAGCACAAUCAGCUAUGUUGAUUGGUAAUCAUCAAGCACUACAUCUGCAAGUUCUGCAAGGCACCAAUUCAGCUCAUGUAAUCAAAUACGAAAUCAAUAUACCGCAGGAUAAUCAAAGUGGUUGAGCAAUUAGUUGAUGGCAUAAAAAUCGUUCGAUAUACCUACAUACAUAUAUAUUUCACACUAACAUAAGUACAGGACAAAAACGAAUAUAUUGUAUAUGUGAAUGGCGGCUGGGAGAAAGAGGGUUUGAUUGUACGGUACUUGGUACGGUAUUGUUUUCAUUUGUUUAAGUUUAUAUCCUCUUUGUAGUUUUUAAGCUGUAUUGUUUGGCUUCUUUUGUGUGCACACAUUUUACAAUUUCAAUAAGAAAUACUUAUUGUUUAUAUUUAUGUAAAUAAUUUGUUGGCUACAUUACGAUAUACAUUGUAUUUUUAAGUCCUCAAGACAAAAUUUAAUCAACAACAAACUCGUUUUAUUAAGCCAAUCAUAGAACCGAGAUAUACAUAAGUAGUAUAUAAUUAUAUGUAUGUAUUGUUUUGCAUUGCGAGGCAAUGGUUUUGGUAAAUAUCUCGUAACGAGUACUGAUUUGUACACAUUAAGUCAUACACUUAAAUGUAAGGAUCUUCAGUUGUGGUAAUCAUGUUUCGAUUUUUCUUACUCCUCGCCUUUGCCCUUUAAUAUACAUACGUACAUGCAUACAUAAUAUAUAUGUAUAACGAUAAGAGUGCUUAGAUUGUAAAUCAGAAAAGAAUUUCACCUUCAUACCGACAUUUUAUUUUAAAUUAAAAUGUCUGAUAAAUACUUAGUAUAUACAGUAUAAUGUUUAAUGUAAGCAUCUACUGAUUACAU